AAAUAAAAAAGAAAAAAAAAAUUGAAAACCAAAAGCACGGGAAAAAGAAAGAGAAAGCUUGCUUCAGAAAGCCAAGCCUCACGCGAAACAGCGAAGAGCGAACUCGCCUCCUGCCUCCUUGCCUCCUGCCUCGCCUCCGGCCUCCUGCCUGCUUGCCUCGCCUCCGGCCUCCCCACGUCGACUUCGUACCUCCGGCGCUCCUAUCCCUGCCUCCCCAGUGCCACCGGCCACCGCCGUCACGCCGAAUUACUUUUAAAGAAGAAGAUGGCUUGUAGCAUAUCAUCUUCUGCAUUUCUUAUAUCGUCAGACUUGUUUGGAGCUCGAAAGAAUAAGCCCACCUCAUUAUCAUGGUCUUCUUCAUUUCCUCAAUUCAAUCUUUCUCUCAAGUCCAAAACUAAUUUGUCAAAUUCUACACCCAAACAGGAUUUUGUUGUUCAAGCAGCUUGGACUCGGAGAUCUCGAGGAGAACCAAGGAAAACGGGUAGGAAAUCAUGGAAGCAACGAACUGAUAUGUUCAUGAGACCUUUUCUGCUAAAUGUAUUCUUCUCGAAGCGAUUUAUUCAUGCCAAAGUGAUGCACCGUGGAACCAGCAAAGUGAUAUCUGUUGCAACCACGAAUGCUAAGGAUUUAAGAACUACCUUGACAUCCCUUACUGAUAAUAAUGCAUGCAGAGUGGUUGGUAAGCUCAUUGCUGAGAGAUCAAAAGAAGCUGAUGUAUAUGCCCUGGCCUAUGAGCCUCGGAAAGAUGAGCGCAUUGAGGGAAAGCUUGGCAUUGUCCUUGAUACCAUUAGAGAAAAUGGAAUCAUUUUUGUAGAUUAAUCUCACAUUUUUGUGUUAUGGUGAAGAUUGUGUAGAGUGAAAUUGUGAUUUUACUAUUUAGUGCUGGAUUGCUUAAGCUACUUUCAUGCUUACUUCAAACUCUUACAAUAUUCCAUUUUAGAGGAUAUACCCCUGCCUCCUUCAUUUUCGAAGGAUCAAAAGAACUACUCAUGGUUGCACCAAAAGACGGUUUGUUUAGAUUCAAUUGAGAUUGCAGAAUGUAGGCUCGAAACUUUGGAUGCUUGUAUAAAUUAUUUCAAAAACAUAGAAAGUCUGCGUUGUUUAGAUUGUAGAAA